AUGAAGACCAAACCUCCCACAGUGUCCAAGCCUCCCACAGUGUCCAAGCCCACAGUGUCCAAGCCUCCCACAGUGUCCAAGCUCCCACAGUGUCCAAGCCUCCCACAGUGUCCAAGCCCCACAGUGUUCAGCCUCCCACAGUGCCCAAGCAUUCCACAGUGUCCAAGCCUCCCACAGUUGUCCAAACCUCCUACAGUGUCCAAACCUCCCACAGUGUCCAAACCUCCCACAGUGUCCAAACCUCCUACAGUGUCCAAACCUCCCACAGUGUCCAAACCUCCCACAGUGUCCAAACCUCCCACAGUACUGGCAGCCUCUCCGGUCCCCUCUCACCAUCCGACCUUAAAGUACGGUAAACUGGCCUCUAUCCUUAACAAGGGCGGUAAACCAGCCUCUAUCCCUAACAAGGACGGUAACUAG